AGUUUUGUGGAAAAUGUCAACGUCUAAGUAUGCAAAAUGGCGUGAAAGUCGCUGUAAUUUUUGUAGAUUUUGUAGAACUGUUGAAUAAUAGACCUCUGUACACUGCACUCUUGCACGUUUCAACGCACGUAUCAAAAUUGUAACUCAGUUGAAAAAUUCGCGAAGUCCAUAUUUUAUCAAAUGUAUCUCAGUUGAGAAACGAAUAUUUUCGCAGAAAUAAUGGUUUCUCAACUGAGAUACUUGAUUAAAAUAUGGGUUGUAUCUCAGUUGAGAAUAUAAUUUGUAUCUCAAUUCAGUUCAAACCGUUGUUUCACUCUUUUGUUUAAUUUUAGAAAAAACAGAUGAAUCAACUGAUGAUGCAAAGAAGACUAGUGAUGAAGUGACGGACUGGACUAAGCAAGACGCUCAAACAGUCAAAGAACCAAUUGCUGAUCAAAUAAAUGAUGUGUCGACUCACACAGCUGAUGGUGUUGAAAAGAAAGUGGAGGACUUAGCUGAUUCGUCAAUUAAAACUGCUCAGGAUACAAACGAGAAGGUAGCUGAUCAAAUAGUUGAAGCGGAAGAGGCUGAUGAGAAGAAUGUUGAUGAAAUAAAACAAUGGGCUAGUGGAAUAGCGUCUGAAGGUAUUGAACAAGCAAAGCAAGUAACGCUUGAUGCUAAAGAUGUACUUGUUAAUGUUACUGAAAAAACAAAAGAAGUCGUAAAUGACGGAUUAGAAAAGGCUCAGGAAAAUAUUACUCAUGUGGCCGAGGUAACCAUGGAUAAAGCACAAGAAGCAUUAAAUACAACCAAACAAGUUGCUGCUGAUGGUGAGUGUCUUGUUUUGUCUGUCUCUCCCUUUUCUGUACAUCUCCAAGAUGCAACUGUGGACAAAUCUGAACAAUUAGGUAUCGCCGUGUCCAAUGCUGUUGAAUCAGUUAAACAGGGAGCUAUCGAUGCUAAAGAUCAAGUGAUGCAAAAAGUUGAAGAAGCAAAAAACAUUAUUGCUGAUACCACCGAAACAGCCAAAGAGAAAACUGUUGAGUCUACAAAUACAUCCGCUAAAGAAAUUGAGCAAAAUACAACUUCCAUACCAUCGACGGUUUCACAAACAACAACCCAGACAACCAUUACUGAAGAAACAAAACCAGUUUCCUUCGAGGUUGAUUUGAAGACAGCGAGUGAUAAUGCGGAUGUUUCGUUAAAAGUGACGCCUAUGCAGCAAGUACAAUCAAAUGUCGUGUCACAAGAUGCGUACGUUGCACCAACACGAAAACAAUCUGUUAGCAAGGGCUGGAGUUUAGCAGGAUGGUUUCGUAAACUUUUUCGUCCAAGUGAGCGGCGAAAAUCACAAUCGAGUAUACCACCAGUAACGACUACUACAAGUACAACAAGCACUACAGACGUGUCACAAACAAACCCGACAACGACAAUAGUAGAAACACCGGCAACAUAG